AUGGUCAGCUUUAUCGAGCCAGCACCUGGGACGUUUAGAGCCCUCCAAAGGCUUCUCGUGGCCCAAGUCGAUAAGGUGGCAGAAGAAGCUCCCACCAGUCGGUUUGGCCUGAUUCCCAAUGGCAUUGAAGUUGAGGAGGGCUUCCGUGAAAUCACCUUUCAGGAUCUAUCUCGUGCGGUCGAUGCUCUGUCGUGGUGGAUCAAAGACACUCUGGGCGAGCCAGAAGAGGGACAAAGAAUCGCUUACUUGGGGAACAACGAUAUCCGCUACAUAAUAGUCAUGCUUGCAUGCCAUAAGACAGGCUACACGAUAUUUCUUCCCUCCACUCGUCUCUCUGAUGAAGCCUAUGACCAUGUCUUCAAGGAAACCCGGUGUACUCAUCUGCUUUUCAGCUCUGAAAAGUCUCAGAUCGCUUCCAGGCUACAGUCACUGACUUGGAAGCUGCUGCUCCUAGAGGUGCCAUCCGUGACCCAUAUCUUCAGUAAACCGUCCGGCGGCAACAAGCGAUUCGAAUUCUCCAAGACGUACGACGAGAUGGUCGACAAGAUAGCAUUCAUGAUUCAUAGCUCUGGCACGACUGGCAUGCCGAAACCUGUUUCCCUUACCCACGGUUUCCUGGGGACCGUUGACAACGGCGCAUUCAUGCCUCGUCCGCAAGGCCGGUCUCCUGCUUUCUUCAACGACCUUGCCUCGGACGAUCCCUACCCAAAAGCCCUGGUCCUUUCUGCGACGCCCUACUUCCAUCUGAUGGGCCUGGUUUCCUUCUUCGAGUCCAUCUUUCACAAUAUCCCUUUCGUCGCCAGCCCGGAAAGGUUACUGUCUGUGGGGUUCUUGAUCGAUCUUAUCAGUCACACGAAACCCACUGCCACCAUCCUGCCACCUUCAAUCCUCGAGGACAUGAGUCAUUCUGAGGAGGGCCUCAAUUGUCUCCGUGCGAUGAAGUUCGUUUGCUAUGGUGGGGCUCCUCUGGCACCAGAAGUCGGCAAGAAGCUCAGUCGUUACACCCAAUUACGAUCGCCAAUCGGGUCCAGUGAGAUGGGAAUUAUCAGCUCCUUGGUGCCGGAAGGUGAAGGGAACUGGGGCUAUUUUGAGUGGAAUCCUGCUUAUCAUGUGGACAUGCAACCGAUUGGUGAUGAUCUGUUCGAGUUGGUCCUACCACGCGUGGAGAAUUCGCUAGCUAUCCACGGAAUCUUCCAUACUUUUCCUGAGCUGCAAGAAUAUCGAUCCAAAGAUCUGUUCACCCGCCAUCCCUCCGAGCCGAAGCUGUGGAGAUAUCAUGGCCGCUUGGAUGACGUGAUUGUGCUCAGUAACGGCGAGAAGCUCAACCCGGUCUCCUUGGAGAAGAUAGUCGAAGGCCAUCCCUCUGUCCAUCGGGCUUUGCUGGUCGGCCAAGGACGGUUUGAGACGUGUCUGUUGGUUGAACCAGUGGUCCACCCCGACUCCAAGCGCGUCGAUAAACAGGAGUUCAUUGAAAACAUCUGGCCCCUCGUGCAGACAGCCAAUGAGACGGUCCCUCAGUAUGGCCGGAUUGUGAAGAGUAUGAUUCGUUUAUCGUCACCUGGGAAGCCUUUCAAACUCACCGCCAAGGGCACCACGCAACGACAUGCUGUAAACCGGGACUAUGCAGCGGAGAUUGAGGAGAUUUAUUCCGCUCAGGACAGCCAAACCGCAGUGGAGCUGCCGGCAACACUCACUGCUGACGGCAUCCGGGGUUAUCUCCAAGGGAUCAUCACUGCUCUCACUGGGAAGAAAGAGGUCGGAGCCAGUGAUGAUCUCUACAGCAUGGGCCUUGAUUCUUUUCAGGCAAUCCAGCUGAACCGAAUCUUGAGGAGCUCGGUUUCUUCCUACAACCCCGAGUGUGACAUUGAACGGUUGACGGUCCAGAACAUUUAUGCCCAUCCCACUGUAGACGGGCUGACUGAACUUCUGCUGGGAGUUCUCGAUGGUUCAUCGGCCAGUACUGCCGGAAUAUCACGCUCGGAGAAGAUCUCGCAACUGAUCUCCAAGUAUACGAGUGACUUCCGAGCUCCGGCGUCGUAUAGCCUUCCUCAAUUGCCCGCGCGAGCCACAGUCAUUCUCACCGGGUCUACCGGAUCUCUGGGUACCUACAUACUCAAUGACUUGAUUCACAAUCCCCAAGUGGCCAAGGUCUACUGUUUCAAUCGCAGCGCCGAGGCCCAAGCGCGCCAGAGGGAAGGAUUCGAAGACAAGGGACUUUCAGUAUCACCUCUAGAUGACCCUGAAAAAGUCGAAUUCCUGCACGUCGAAUUCGGAAAAGCCCACUUUGGCAUCGGUUCAAAGAAAUACAACGAGCUUCUUGGGACUGUCACCUUGAUCAUCCACAACGCUUGGAAGGUCAACUUCAACCACCCAGUUUCCUCCUUCGAGGACCCCCAUCUCAAAGGUGUGCGGGAGUUCGUGAAUCUCAGCCUAGAGAGUCGCUACCGGGCGCACCUCGCAUUUGUUUCCUCUGUUAGCACGAUCGGCGCAUGGCAGCCUACUGAUACAGUCAUGUCCGUGCCCGAAAUCCCCAUGGAGAGCGCGGACUCGGCCCUCGAGCAGGGGUACGGGGAGUCGAAGUACAUCGGCGAGAGGAUUUGUGUCGAGGCCUCGGAGAAGGCCGGUGUGCCGACGAGCAUCCUUCGAGUUGGGCAGAUUGCUGGGCCGGACACUCGCCAGGGAGUAUGGAAUCCGCACGAGUGGAUUCCGACGUUGAUCAAGACGUCUAAAGCGAUUGGGAUGGUGCCCUCCGAUCUUGGCGCCUAUCCCAUCGAUUGGGUUUCAGUGGACACAUUGGCCAAAAUCGUCAACGAAAUCCUUCUCGGCCGAAGCUCAUCACUACUGCAAGAACGCAACGCCGUGUACCAUCUGGUUAACCCCUCGAGGACUAGCUGGAGCUCCUUGAUCCCCGCGAUCCAAGAUAGGUAUCCUGUUCGCCCGGUCCCUCUCGUGGAAUGGGUGGACGCGCUCGAGGCGAUCCAGGAUCCAACCGACGCGGAAGUGGAUGAGAAGCCAGCGCUGAAGCUUCUUGCGUUCUUCCGUACCCUGGCUGACAAUGCACAUGUUUUGUCGGCUGAUAUCAAUGUCGAGCGGACAACGGGCGCAAGUAGCACCAUGGCAAGCCUUGGACCAGUUUCAGCGGAUCAGAUGGCGAAUUGGUUGGCCCAGUGGGAUUUCUGA